AUGGACAUUCCCGAGUCGACACCACUACAAGCCAAGAUCAAACUUCCACCUAAUGGCACGGCUAAACUACGACUGACACAAGUUAAAUUCGCCUUAGUGAGCGAAUACCUUAAAGCGAGCAUCAACACAACAACAUUGAUUUCCUCAGCUAGCGAAGGUUUAAAAGAUAUUGCACUGAUUGACCUUGGUGAUGUUACGAGAAUCCCAACUGACAGUAGCACUCAGAUUAAGAUCGAUUUCGAAGUGCAGUUGUUGAGUCACGUACAUAUUAUUAACGGCGGUGUGCAGUGGGUUAGUGUAGGGGUUCAGUACAUAAACCAGUCUGUCUGGGCAGCACAGUUAGCACUCAAAACCAUCCAAUCAGCGGUCAGCAGGCCUGAUUUGAUGAUUUCAUUUUGGUCUCAUAGUGGAUGUAUGAGCGAUACGAUUGACAAGUAUGUGUACGGGUUUUUAUUAGUUUUCAACGUUAUCUGAAUAGAGUUUAAAGUUUUGCUCGUAGUUUAAAUUUACUGGAUAGCUGAAUCUACACUAAUCUUUUUGUUGUUUUUUUUUUUGUAAUGUAUUUUUGCUUUCUUCGAAAUAUAGGGGUGAAGUUAUUUAUCGCCUUAUCCUAUCUCAUUCGGACUUGACCACAGAAAAAGUAGCAAGCGGGAUAAUCGAAUGGCCUUUACCUCCUGUUCUUCGACUAAAAACCUGGAACAAAGUUGAUGCGUCUGUUAAUGUGGAAGUGGUCAAUGAAACAGACAGGGUCACUAUCAAGGUAAGAGAGGAGAAUUAUGAAUGAAAGGUUUUUGAUCUUAACACUGUAUUUAUCGCGGAGAGGAUGCUGGAUUUUGGCCUCACCACGCUUCCUCUGUUGCUUCUCCAGUUUGGACAAUUCAACUUUUCGGAUACCAUCGACCUUGAAGUAACAUUUAACCUUGAUUUACACAAAAUACACGCCGACGGCAAAUUCCAUGAUUUAACAACGUACGUUAUUGUCAAGUAUAACGGCUCCCUGGACACAUGCAGCUCAUUUUCUGGUUCUCGUGAAUUCACCUUUGACGGGCCAACGACGACUUCUGUCACAUAUUAUGUUCCA